CACCGUGUAGUAAUGGACAGUAUAUUACGUAAUUAUGAUUCGGAAUCGAGCAUUCCUGGAGACGAAGAAACAAUGCCUUACUUCGAUGACGACUCUAAUAUAAAACAGAACUCUAUCGGUGCCAAAAUUGAAGAUUCUGUAGAACAUUACGAAAUAAAAGUAAACUCAGACAAAACAGAAACCGAAAAAUCGGUGACGUCAGUUAUUACGUCAUCACGGCACAUUGGAAGUGAAGAAGAAAACUUAACUGAAGUUUCCAGUGACAUUAAAGAAAUAAAAGACGUUAAUGCCAAUAAAGUUUGUGAACAUUUAGUCCAAAACGGUAAUUUGGAUUCGGGAAAUAAUGAGAAAAAAGAAAAUAAAGAGAAGCAAGAAGGACAUCUACAUUCUGAUGUUGUGGUACAUGAUGUGUUAAAUCCAAAUCAUUCACAUGAUCACGAGAACCAUGAUUCCGUGAAUAUGAAUCAUGAGCAAGAUGUUCAUGAAACAAAGAUACAUGAUGCUGUCAUGGUAGACCAAAGUAUAUCAGAGUUGGGGAAACCUAUAAUUGUAGAAGAAAUCAAAGAAUCAAAUGAAAGUGGAGAUACCUUCGUUACCUCUAUGAUGGAAGCCGUGGAAUCAAUUGAAACAAGUGAUGAUGAUGAUAGUGAUGAAUCAAGUGAGAGUUCAAGUUCAGAUUCUGAUACAAGUUCAGAUGAAACCACAAGUGAUGAAUCAGAUAUAGUUAUUGACCCUCCAAUACAAAGAGUUGAACAAGUUGUGGAAACUGAAACCAAAAAUCCAUUUGGGAACCUGUUGUUGGAGGGUUAUCCAACCAUUGAAGAAAUUGAAGCAAUUCCACCUGACAACAUUGAAUUAGAAUUAAUUGGAAACAUCAGUAAUAUAAUUGACAACCAUGUUGUUAUAAUCAAAGCGAUCAUGGGCAAGCCAGCGCUGAAUUUGGAUAGCGUUUUGUUCCUGGAGGAUAAAAGUAUAGUUGGAAAAAUUUACGAAACUUUUGGUCCUGUUCCAUCCCCAUACUACGUGGUUUGCUUCAAAGAAACCAAAACUCCAUCAGAAUUAUCAGUUGACCAGAAAAUUUACUUUGCACCGAAUAUAAAAGAUUACACAACCUUUGUAUUAACUGCACAAUUAGUAAAAACCAAAGGAUCGGAUGCCUCAUGGAAAGAUGACGCUGAACCUCCGGAUCAAUGUAUCGACUUCUCAGAUGAUGAGGAAGAAAGGAAGUUUAAGAAGAAUCGGAAGGAAGCGAGAAGUGGGACAACAACAGCUACUCAUGCACCAAACAAAGGAAGAGGCAGGAACCACAACACCAAUCAGUGUGUAAAUAGAGCUACAAGGUUUGCAACUCCGACCAAUCAGCUUCAUGGAACUGAUGUCAGUUGGAUGAUGUCACAUAAUCAGGGGAAUCCCCAGCAAGGUCCAAUGCACAACCCUCCACCACCACCUUUCUACCAACAGAACCAAAUGAUGGGGAGUCCCCGGAUGUGGAACCACCCUCCUCGCCCGAUGUGGCCCCGUUUCACCCACCAACCUUAUGGUGGUUACCCUCACCCCCCAAGCCCCAUGAACCCACCCAUGGAUAUUACGAUGUUGUUCCGCCCACCACCCCCUCCUCCUGAUUCAUGACGUUGUUGUUUUUAAUAAAAUUUCUUAAUGAAU